GGAGCUAGUUUAGCAUGCUAGCUGGAAACACGUUAGCAACACUAGUCAGAUUGAGAGUUUGAUGGAGAGAGAAACGGUGUGUUUAACGGAGUUAGCAGGAAAAGGUGAUAUAGUAAACAUGAGUAGAGUCCAAAUGCUGCUGUCGAUGAAGAAGCAGCGACUCACUGCUGCUGCUGAAGAUAUAUUUGCUCUGUUUGAAAAAACGAUAGCAGAGCUCGAGGAGGAGCUGUCUCGUUCAAAAGAGGAGAACGAGAGAAUCCAGAAACUACUGGACGCUGUUUUACAGCCUCAGCUUCGGAUACACAGAGCAGACGUCCAGCUGCUGGUGGUGGUUAAAGAAGAGCUUCUCCCUGACCAGCAGGAGUGGAGCACCAGUCUGGACCAGGAGGACCCAGAGUCCCUCCCAUACAUUAAGCAAGAACAGGAGGAACUCGGGAUCAGUCAGGAGGGAGAGCAGCUUCAAGAGCUGGAGGAGGCUGAUAUCACCAAGUCCACUUUCAAUCCUGACCCUGUGAAGAGUGAAGAUGAUAAAGAGAAACCUCAGUCCUCACAGCCUCAUCAAAGACAAACUGAACACAUGGAAACAGAAGCAGAUGGAGAUGACUGUCGAGGACCAAAACCUGCCAGGAACUCAGAUCCAGAAAGCAGUUUACAACCAAAGACUGAGGACGAGAGUGGAGACUCUUCUGAACGUGACACUGAAGACAGUGCUGAUUGGAAGGAGACCAGAGAACCUGCGUCAGACUCAACCUCACUGAAAAAUAGACAAGAAUCUGUCAGUGAUUCAAGCCGUAGUGCUGUAAAGAAACAAUUUGGCUGCUCUGUGUGUACGAAAUCUUUUACAUAUAGAAGCAAUUUUCAGCGACACAUGAGAAUCCACACAGGAGAGAAACCCUUUUGCUGCUCAGUUUGUACCAAAUCUUUUGCAUUGAGUGAAACUUUAAAAAGACACAUGAGAAGCCACACAGGAGAGAAACCCUUUAGCUGCUCAGUUUGUACCAAAUCUUUUGCAUUGAGUGUAAGUUUUAAGGAGCACAUGAGAGUCCACACAGGAGAGAAACCAUUCAGCUGCUCAGUCUGUAACAAAUAUUUUGCAAUGAAAAGAAAUUUAAGUCGACACAUGAGAAUCCACACAGGAGAGAAACCCUUUAGCUGCUCAGUCUGUAAGAAAGCUUUUUCACAGAGUGGAAGUUUAAAGGACCACUUGAGAGUCCACACAGGAGAGGAAACCUCUAGCUGCUUAGUCUGUAAGAAACCUUUUUCACAGAGUGGACAUUUAAAGGAACACAUGAGAAUCCACACAGGAGAGAAACCCUUUAGCUGCUCAGUCUGUAAGAAAGCUUUUUCACAGAAUAGAAAUUUAAAGACACACAUGAGAGUCCACACAGGAGAGAAACCAUACAGCUGCUCAGUCUGUAAGAAAGCUUUUUCAGAGAAUAGAAAUUUAAAGGACCACAUGAGAAUCCACACAGGACUGAAACCACACAGCUGCUCAGUCUGUAAGAAAGCUUUUUCAGAGAGUGGAGGUUUAAAAAAACACAUGAGAGUCCACACAGGAGAGGAAAUAUACAGCUGCAAUGUUUGUGACAAAAGAUUUAAAUGGUGUACUGAUUUCAAAAGACACAAGUGUGUUGGUCGUCAGUCCUCACUGCUUAAUGAAAUUCAGACUGAGGAUAACAGAGAGGCAGAGCCUCCAAUCAGCAGCUCAGCUGAACACAUGGAAACAGAAGCUGAUGGAGAUACAAUGAAUAUGUCUUAUGACAGUUCACUUCACACAUGAGAAAAUUCUGUCUGACUGGAUUAACAUUGUUGCACAAUAUUCCAACACAGUCUCACUCCCUGAUAGUCCAAUAGCGACGCUUGGUCAGGGUCCUUUGGCGUGCAGUUGUGACGCACCGAGUCUCCU